AUGCUGGACGAGGUGGAGAUGUGGCGAAUGAAGAAGCUUCUGCGGAAUCUUCGUGACAGCCGGGGAAAUGGAACGUCGAUGAUAUCGAUCAUUAUUCCUCCCAAGGACCAAAUAUCCAGAGUCUCAAAGAUGCUUACAGAUGAAUAUGGAACAGCAUCCAACAUCAAGUCAAGAGUGAACAGGCUGAGUGUUCUUGGAGCCAUUACUUCUGCACAGAGCAAGCUGAAGCAGUACAGUAAGACGCCACCUAAUGGCCUUGGAAUAUUUGUCGGAACUGUUCUUACGGACCAGAACAAGGAGAAGAAGAUCAGUGUUGGGAUCGAGCCUAUAAAGCCUGUAAAUACGUCUCUAUACAUGUGUGACUCGAAGUUUCAUGUGGACGAUCUUCUAGCACUUUUCGAGGACGAGGCCAGGUAUGGAUUUAUUGUGAUGGAUGGGCACUCCACAGUGUUUGCCACUCUUCAGGGAAAUGUAAAGACGAUUCUGCAGCAAAUUCAUGUGGACCUUCCGAAGAAGCACGGGAGGGGAGGGCAAUCGUCUGUAAGAUUUGCGCGUCUUAGAGUCGAGAAAAGAAACGCCUAUGUCAAGAAGGUUGGGGAAAUAGCAGGGAAUCUGUUUCUGACCAACUGUGUUAUGAAUGUAGAGGGACUAAUUUUGGCGGGGCAGUCGGAUCUCAAGAACGAGCUAGCCCAGGUGCUGGAUAGCCGCAUCCAAGUGAUAAAAGCGGUCGACACCAACUACGGCGGUGAAAGCGGGCUGAACCAAGCCAUUGAGCUGUGCGAGGAUGUUCUUAAAGAUGUGAAACUGUCCAAGGAGAAGAAGAUACUUCAGAGGUUCUUCAACGAGAUCAACACGGAGAGCGGCAGAUUUUGCUUUACCAUGAGAGAUACAAUGCAAUGCCUAGAAAUGGGGGCUGUGGAAACGCUUAUAGUUUAUGAGGGCUUAUCUGAGCUCAAGGAUGAGGAAUUGUUUGUGGACUGGAUUGCUGAGAACUAUAAGAGCUUUGGGUGCAUUCUGGCAUUUGUAAGCGACAAGAGUGCAGAGGGGAUGCAGUUUAUCGAGGGAUUUGGGGGAGUGGGGGGAAUCCUGAGAUAUAGGGUUGACAUGGAGGAUCAUCUGGAUGGAGACUACUCUUCAGUGGAUGAUGAGGAGAUAUUCUGA